AUGCCAUACUCAUUUUUUUGGUUCUGGCGUCUGGUCUACAUCUGUUUGAUCUGCUACUAUCACUUCAUGAAAGUAUUUGCGCGACGUUUUAUGGCCCGCGCACGACCCAGAGUGAACACGAAUUUCUUCGAUCCUCAAUCUGCAAUGGUAGUGUUGGCGGCUUCGAUCUGCACCCGAGGCGGAAAACCUCUUCUUUCGCGUCUGUUUCGUGAUAUAUCGAAGGACCGUAUCACAGGACUUCUAGGCAACUUUCCUAGUUUGAUUUCCGAACUGACUUCCCACAAUACUGCCGUUGAAGACGAGUCCAUUCGUUAUGUUUAUCAGCCAUUGGAAGAUCUUUAUGUGGUUUUACUCACCAAUAAGGACUCCAAUAUCUUACAGGACAUCGAUACGCUUCACUUGUUCAUUUCCACCAUCAGUAACAUGUUGAGACAAGUGGAUGAACUGGAGAUUUUUGCCAGUGCCUUUGAUAUAUUGGGAGCUUUUGACGAGAUUAUCUCAUUGGGAUACAAGGAAAACUUGACGUUGUCGCAGGUUCAAACGUUCAUGGAGAUGGACUCGCACGAGGAAAAGAUCCAGGAGAUCAUCGAGCGGAACAAGGAAUUGGAGGCCACCGAAGAACGCAAACGUAGAGCUAAGGAAAUUCAACGCCGAGAAUUGGCACGCAAAAACUUGGAGCAAACGCCCCAUAUGGCAAGCCAGUACGAUUAUAGCCAGACAUCGGUGCUGCAACCGGCAUACCAGCCGCUGCCGAUGAUUGACAACACCCCGGUUUCCGGUCCUUCGAUCUCCAGUAGACCUACGCGUGGCGGGCUCCAGUUGGGUAAAAAGCCCACCAAGGUGGCAGAGACCCACCAGCCAUUACUUGCGCACAACGAACCGCGGUUCAACUCGGGCCACCUAGGAUCCAAUGUGCCUCCACUGUCCGGUUCGGUAGCAGCUGCCCCCGGCUACUCGCGGUCUGUAGCGUCGGCGUCGCCUGCUCCGGCACCCAAGGCGACUAACAAUGGCGUGCUCAUCACUGUGAACGAGAAAAUCUCGGCGUCGUUGACUCGUGACGGCGCCAUCACUCUGUCCGAGGUCAAAGGUGAUUUGCAAUUGCGAAUUAACGACUCUGACCUUGCCAAUGCAUCGAUUAUUGUUACUACAGGACCCGGCAUCCAGUACAAUCCUCACCCCAACAUUGACCGUCAACUUUUCACCCAGAAAAGCGUGAUUUCGUUGAAAGACCAGAAUAAAUCGUUCCCGGCCGACGACCGGUCUAUCGGGGUAUUGAGAUGGCGCGGAGCAGGAAAGCAAGACGACCGCAGCUUGGUGCCGUUUGUAGUCAGCGCGUGGGUUCUGAGCAACGACGGCCGUGCCGACGUGACGUUGGAAUACGAACUUACUGACCAAUUUGUCCAGACUCAUCAACACUUGGAAAAUGUCGAAGUUUCUAUACUAGUGCCCGUGGGCGAGGAACCUACGGUGGAAGACGUUCCGUACGAGGUGACUGGUGAUGGAGUUUUCUUUACUGUGACUAUUCCUAUCGAAUCUCCCCAAGGAUCAUUUGAGUUCCUGGUUCCCGCACCUGAUGAAGAAUCGUUGUUCCCCAUGGAAAUCCAGUUCUCUCUCGAAAACGACCAAGCUACAGAGGCCGACACCUCGUUUGGAAAAGUGUCGGUGGUGGACGUUGUUGGACGUGGACCUGACGAAGAGUCACUUCCGUUCGACUUGCACAUCAAAUUGGCGCUGGAUGUAUACGAGGUAGCGUAA